GUUAAAGCCACACGGUAACUUGUCUAUACCAGUACUUUUGCGAGUUACCCCUGUGACACUUUGUCGCUUCUUGAAUCUUACUCCUCCCAGAGCCAGUUGCUCUAGGACCCCGCACAAAUGGCUGAUGCCAGCACGUCCGCGGACGCUAGCAAGAAGGAUGCCAACAAGAAGGACUUCAGCACGGCCAUUAUGGACCGUAAGAAGAGCCCCAACCGCCUCAUUGUGGAGGAGGCGGUGAACGACGACAACUCGGUGGUCGCCCUGCACCCUAAGACCAUGGAGAAGCUGCAGCUGUUCCGCGGCGACACGGUGCUCCUGAAGGGCAAGAAGCGGAAGGACACGGUGUGCAUCGUGCUGUCGGAUGACACGGUUGAUGAGAACAAGAUCCGUAUGAACAAGGUUGUUCGCAAGAACCUUCGUGUGCGCCUGGCGGACAUCGUGUCCGUGCACCAGUGCACCGACGUCAAGUACGGCAAGCGCAUCCACGUGCUGCCCAUCGACGACACCAUUGAGGGCAUCAGCGGCAACCUUUUUGACGCCUACCUGAAGCCCUACUUCCUGGAGGCCUACCGCCCCGUGCGCAAGGGCGACACCUUCCUGGCCCGCGGCGGCAUGCGCAGCGUGGAGUUCAAGGUGGUGGAGACCGACCCCGCCGAGUACUGCAUUGUGGCGCCCGACACCGAGAUCUUCUGCGAGGGCGAGCCCAUCAAGCGCGAGGACGAGGAGAAGCUGGACGAGGUGGGCUACGACGACAUUGGCGGUGUGCGCAAGCAGCUGGCCCAGAUCCGUGAGCUGGUGGAGCUGCCGCUGCGCCACCCGCAGCUGUUCAAGACCAUUGGUGUCAAGCCGCCCAAGGGCAUCCUGCUGUACGGCCCGCCCGGCAGUGGCAAGACGCUGAUUGCCCGUGCCGUGGCCAAUGAGACGGGCGCCUUCUUCGUGGUGGUCAACGGCCCGGAGAUCAUGUCCAAGCUGGCGGGAGAGUCGGAGAGCAACCUGCGCAAGGUGUUCCAGGAGGCUGAGAAGAACGCGCCCUCCAUCAUCUUCAUCGAUGAGGUGGACUCCAUCGCGCCCAAGCGUGAGAAGACCCAGGGUGAGGUGGAGCGCCGCAUCGUGUCGCAGCUGCUGACGCUGAUGGACGGCCUGAAGAGCCGCGCGCACGUGAUCGUGAUCGCCGCCACCAACCGCCCCAACUCCAUCGACCCCGCGCUGCGCCGCUUCGGCCGCUUCGACCGCGAGAUUGACAUCGGCGUGCCGGAUGAGACCGGCCGCCUGGAGGUCAUGCGCAUCCACACCAAGAACAUGAAGCUGGACGAGGACGUGAACCUGGAGGCCAUCAGCCGCGACACGCACGGCUACGUGGGCGCCGACCUUGCGGCGCUGUGCACGGAGGCGGCGCUGCAGUGCAUCCGCGAGAAGAUGGACGUGAUUGACCUGGAGGACGAGCAGAUUGACGCCGAGGUGCUCAACAGCAUGGCGGUCACGCAGGACCACUUCAAGACCGCCCUGGGCAUGAGCAACCCCAGCGCGCUGCGCGAGACGGUGGUGGAGGUGCCCAACGUGAGCUGGGACGCCAUCGGUGGCCUGGAGAACGUCAAGCGCGAGCUGCAGGAGCUGAUCCAGUACCCGGUGGAGCACCCCGAGAAGUUUGAGAAGUUCGGCAUGUCGCCCUCCAAGGGUGUGUUGUUCUACGGCCCGCCCGGCUGCGGCAAGACGCUGCUGGCCAAGGCCAUCGCCAACGAGUGCCAGGCCAACUUCAUCUCCGUCAAGGGCCCCGAGCUGCUGACCAUGUGGUUCGGCGAGUCGGAGGCCAAUGUGCGUGAGAUCUUCGACAAGGCCCGCGGCUCCGCGCCGUGCGUGCUCUUCUUCGACGAGUUGGACUCCAUCGCGGUGCAGCGCGGCUCCUCCGCCGGCGACGCCGGCGGCGCCGCCGACCGCGUGCUGAACCAGCUGCUGACGGAGAUGGACGGCAUGAACAGCAAGAAGACGGUGUUCAUCAUCGGCGCCACCAACCGCCCCGACAUCAUCGACCCCGCGCUGCUGCGCCCCGGCCGCCUGGACCAGCUCAUCUACAUCCCGCUGCCGGACGAGGGCUCGCGCCGCCAGAUCUUCAAGGCCUGCCUUCGCAAGUCGCCCAUCGCGCCCGACGUGGACUUCGACACGCUGGUGAAGUUCACUCACGGCUUCUCCGGCGCCGACAUGACUGAGAUCUGCCAGCGCGCCUGCAAGUCGGCCAUUCGCGAGGACAUCGAGAAGAACAUUGAGCGCGAGCGCCGGCGAGCUGAGAACCCCGACGCCAUGAUGGAGGACGAGCCCGACCCGGUGCCCUGCAUUACCAAGGCGCACUUCGAGGAGGCGAUGAAGUACGCCCGCCGCUCCGUGAGCGACGCCGACAUCCGCAAGUACCAGGCCUUUGCGCAGACGCUGCAGCAGAGCCGCGGCUUUGGAACCGACUUCCGCUUCCCCGACGGCCCCGGCGGCGCCCCCGCUGCCGCCGGCGCCGCGCCCGCCGCUGCCGCCCCCGCCUUCGCGCAAAGCGCGGCGGCCGCGGACGACGAUGACCUGUACAACUAAAGCGCCACGCUUCUAACACGUGCGCAAACACGCGGGAGCGUGUUACGCAUGUGUGUGGCAUGAUGCGCGUCUGGAGGUGACGCAGCAGUCCGUUAAUGAAGGCAUGCGGACGAGCGGGGGCUAUUGGCCAAGGGUUCUCGAGGUGCGCACGCGCGCACCUGCAUUCCGCGGCGCGCUGUGCAGCGAGCUGAGUUUGUGUUGUAGACACAGCUGCCGGGUCCCGAUUGAUGUGGCUGCCGGACAGGGGGGGGUCCUACGAUUUGCGGGCCCAGGUCCAUUGCGGAGUGUUGUUUUGACGUGACUGACCCGACUAGACGAUGUGGUUAUUCGUGCUGAUCGUACCUGACGUGUUUGGCAUUUGUUCCAUGAGAGGCUCUGUCGGCCUCCUUCCGGAAUCCGGAUUCAGUGCGUUGUUUGUGCGUUCAAGGAGUCGCUGUGCCGGUACGCAACUAGGCAUUAGAAAGAGAGUGGUGCCGUAAUGGGCUCUGCAUGCUGUGGGCGGAUGUCGCCUUGAGCGACCGGGUCGCCUGAAAGCUUGCACUGCAUUGUUGCAUGCUUAGGGAAGGGGUACAGAGCCGGGGAAAGAAGAAAGGCAUGAGUCGUCACGCGGGUAUGGGGCGGGCUGUAGGCAGGUUGGCAACAACGUUUCUCUCUAAACUUCAUCGAACUCUCUCACGUGUGGCGUGUGCAUCUCCCCCGCGUGAGCGGGACGUGUGCGGUGUGGUCGUGCGCGACGGGGCCGUGUAGGGUGCCGGUAGACCAGUGCUGCGGACUGUUGCGUACGUACGCGUAGACAGGCGAGAGGGAGAGGGGUGCAUUGACUCCAGCGGGGAGUGGCCGUUGCGCAGGUUGCGGUGUCACGGCUAGCAUUGCGGCUCGCAACUCGUAGGACCGAGUCGCGACAAGCCUGCUACGGCUGUUGCGGCAGGAGCCGGGCGGACAUGUUGCCGCAGACGGCGCCGCGGCGCUGUGGGGCAACUCCCACCGCAGCUGUGUAACACUUGGAUUCC